AUGCCCAAUAUUCGCCGGCGUUUUGCCGAUGACGAUGAUGAUGACCAAGUGGCAGACGAUGAUGAACCCACAUAUGGCGGCAGUGGCAAGAAUUUGAGAGUCAUGGGAGGAGCACGAGGGGGAGGAAAACAGUUGCGACCCGUCCAGCAAGAUGAUUCGGACGACGACGACGAAGAUGACAGUGAUGAAGAAGAAGAGGAACCAGCCAGCUACGCUCCCCGGGGAGGAGGCAAAGGCUUUCGACCAUCGGAAGAGGAAGAAGACGAGGAGGACGACGAUGACGACGAUGAUGAUUCCAGUGAAGAAGAAACACCACAACCCGUUCGAGUGGUACAGAGAUCGGGAGGAAAAGCUCUCGCCAUGAGACCACCAGAAUCCGAUUCGGACGACGACGACGAUGAUGAUGACGACGAUGAGGAAGAAGAGGAGGAAAAAGCACCCGAACCAAUUCGCCCGGCGCAACGUGGAGGUGGAAAAUCAUUUCCUAGCAUGGCUGCCAAUCGAGGAGGAGGCAAACAAUUGAGGCCAGCUCCUCAAGAUGAUGAUGACGACGACGACGAUGAUGACAGCAGUAGCUCGGGGUCAGAAGAUGAACAACCCGCCACGCAGGCAUUUCAAACGUCUUCGGGAGGUGGAAAACAACUUCGACCUCCCGCUCCACCAGCAGGAGGAAAACAAUUGCGACCCCAACCACCAGAAGAGAAAGAAAAACCAAAACCAGCACCAACAACCAUCAUGGGAGGGGGAGGCGGGAAACAAUUGCAGCGACAACCACCUUCGGAUGAUGAAGAGGAAGCACCACCACCACCUAGAACGACAAUCCAACCUGCUCCUGGAGGCGGAGGGAAACAUUUUAGGGCUGGUCCUCCUGGAGGAGGCAAACAGUUGAGACCAUCCAAAAAAGACAGCUCGGACGAAGACGAUGAUGAGGACGAAUCUUCAGACGACGAUGAUGACUCGGAUGAAGAAUUCGAGGAUGAGGACGAAAAACCCAAAAAGAAACCGGCUGCGGUUGUGCAACGACCAGGUGGAGGCAAAAUGCUACGACGAGCGGAACCAGAGCCCGAAAAGGAGCCCGAAAAACCAAAGCCGGCUCCUGCUCCGGCCCCCGCGCCUGCUCCCAAACCUGUUGCCAAAAAACCAGCCCCCAAACCUGCCGCCAAAAAGAUAAAGAAGAAACCAGAUUCAGACGACGAGGAUGAAGAGGAAGAUGAAAUGGAAGAAUCGGAGGAAGAAGAGGAGGAGGAGGAAGAAGAAGAAGAACCCGCUGCAGAAGAGGAAGAAGAAAGUGACGAUGAGAGCAGUGAGGAAGAAAUGGAAUUGGAUAUGGAAACUUUCGAUACGCAGACGUUGGUGAAGGACGAAGCGGAUCGGAAGCAUUUGGAUUCCCUUCCAGAAUUGGAGCGUGAGGCCAUUCUUGGUGAACGUUUUGAAAAGCUCAAAGCAGAGCAGGAUAUGAAAAAGGCGCUUCGCGAAUCGAAGCGUAAAAAGCGUGAUGAAAAGGGCGCGAAACCAGCCACUCGUACUUCCAAGAGAAAGGCUGCUGAAACCAAGCCAAAGGCCAAACCUCCACCCAAGAAAAAGCCCAAACCGGCAGAACCAGAGCCCGAACCGGAACCGGAAGAAGAAGAAGAGGCGGAACUACCCGACACUAGUAACGACGCCGAAAUCGCCGCGAAAUUGGCAGGAGACCCGAGGGGAAGUGGGAGAAAUCGUGAUGCCACCGGGUCCAAAAACAAGAAGACACUUGCAUUGGCCAAGCUCCGAGAGGAGCGAAAGAGCAUCUUGGAUUCCAAAAAGGAUGAUUCGGAGGAAAGCGUUUCUGACUUUGGGGAUGACGACGAUGAUUCGGAUGACGACUACGAUGAAGAAGGCGCUGCCAAGCCAUGGCAGCAGAAGAAGUCCAAAUCUACUGUGUCACGCCUGGACCAACUGGAUUCAGAUGAAUCGGCGGACGAGGGAGACGCCAAGAAGAAGGAUUCAGGCCCAUCGUCGGAUGCUCCACCUGCCGAGCUGGAAGAUUUUUCCAAGGUCACAAUACCACGACGUCGACUGGCACGAUGGUGCAAUGAACCGUUCUUCAUUGAAGCGGUACAAGACAGUUUUGUUCGUUUGUUUUUGGGAGAAGACGACAAUGGGGAGAAGGUAUACCGUCUGUGUCAGAUCGUGGAUGUGACCAAAGGCGAGAAAACUUAUAAAUUUCCAACAGCGAAUCGAAGAGAAAAGCCGAUUUCAACGGACAAGUUGCUCACGCUCAAGGUUGCUGACAAUCAGAAGGAAUUUCCAAUGUACUUGGUCUCGGAUGCUCCCCCCACAGAGCAAGAUGUUGCCAAAUACGUCUCCAUGCAGAAGAACCAUCGCAAGGAAAUCAUAACCAAACGACAAGCCAACAAGUUACGCCGAAAGCAAGAUGAGCUAGUCAACAAUUACACGUACACGACACAAGAUAUCGAGAAGAACAUCGAGGAACGCAAGAAGAAGGGAAUGACGCUUGCGAACUUGGGUUUGGAACAAACAAAGGCUGCCAUUGUCGUUCAGGGAGCCAAAGAUUCUCUGAUGGAGGCCAAGCGUGCUUUAUCGGAUGCCAGAAAGGCCAUUGAUCGAUCGACAUCAGCGGAUACCUUUAAGUUGAAUGAAAAGCUGAAGGAAUGCCAAAGCAAUGUUAAAAAGCGCGAGAAAGAGCUACAACAAUUCAAAGAGGAGGAGCAGGCUGUCAAAGACCAAGUGCGGGAGCGCAAACGUCGCCUUGCUCAAAGGUCAAAGGACAGGAACUGGGCCAAAGUUAAUAGGCGCAAUGUCAACAAAAAUCAGCGAACUGACUUUGAAGUUUCGCAAAAGGAGAAGGAGGCUGCGGCAAAGAAGGCCUCGUCCACUGUCAAGGAGAAGUUCAAUCCAUUUGCUCGGCGUAAAGUCAAGCCCAAGAUUCUGUGGAAGGUCGGGCAGGCUGACGAGCAAGAGGCGCCAGAAUCUAAGGAGGAAGAAAAGAAAGAUAGUCGCGGAGAAGCUGAUGAAGGCAAACCGAGCGCGAUGGAAAUCGCCACCAGUAUGGUACAGGAGCAGCAAUUGCAAGAUGCCAUCAAUCAAAGUCAUCAAUUCACAAUCGACGAAGAAGUUCUGGCUCAGAGUGGCAAUGGGCUCACUCGUUUAGAGUCUCAACGGCGUCGAAAGAAGGCGAGAGUUCGCAAGGGAAUUAGCUUGGCCGAUUAUCUCGAUCAAAAGGCGAAGGGGACGCUAUGA